AUGAAUAUUACAACUUCUAUUGCUUACUCAAUUAAAGAUGUUAAUUCAAUCAUUUUAGCAAAUAAAGAGGCAUUUAAAGAUUCAAAUACUUCGUGUAUUGAAUGCAAUUCUCUUUUGAUAGAUGCAGGUGAUGAUAUUGUUGAUGUUCUUAUGGGUGUUUGUUUACCUAUAUAUAUUGUUCAAAAUGAUACCAACGAAAGAUAUAAUUGUAAUUGA